AUGUCAACUUUAGACGUCCUGCUUAGCAGACUUGAAAAAAUUCAUCAAAAUCUUGGAGGUGACCGAAUUGAUAUUGGAUCAAGAGAAAGAAAGGAUAAAUUUGCUGUAAUUCGUCUUAAGUGUGAAGAGCAGCUUCACACUAUAGAAUCUUGUCAAGACCAAAGAGAUAAAAUUUCAAGUUUCAAAAAUAAGUAACACACAAAUUUAGUGAAGAUCCUGAAAUAAUCCAAUUGAAAUACAAAAUCCUGCUACUAAUAAAAGAAACUGAUAAAGGCAUUUUAGAACUAAAUAAAAUAUUAGAAAAACAAAAAUCAAAGCCAAAGGUAAAAAAUAAUUAGAAAUAUGCAGAAGUAGACAUCGAAGCAAAAACUAAUAAGCUAAGCUGACUCGAAAGAAAGCUAGAAGACGCCAAAAGAGGUGAAGAUCUCGGCAUCGUGGUAAGCCGAAAGGCUGAUGAUCUUGGAAAACUGAAAGCAGAGCUCAUAAACUUUGAAGAUAUUACAUUGGAAAACAUAGGCAGAAAAGGAGAUAUGCUUGAUAUAGAAAAAGAGGCAAAACAGCGAUGGGAAGACUAUGACCAAAGAAUAGAUGAUUUAGCAGGAAAAAUAGGAGAAAAUGUAGAGGAGCUCAGAAUGAGAGCGCUGAAUUUCAAUAAUGCUUUGGAUCGGCAUGAAGAAAAACUAGACAGCUUAGAUAAUGUAGUUGAUCAAGCUAAUCAAGAAUUAGAAACAAGUACCAAAAAGCUAAAAAAACUUUUAAUAAAGGUCAGGGCUGGGGAUAAAUUUUGUGUGACGCUUUGCUUGCUCAUUAUUCUUAUAGGACUUUUAACAGUAGGUUAUAAUAUGAUAAAAUAA